AUGGCCUAUGCUGGAAACCGCUGGUCUCGGCACACGCGUGCUGAAGCCAGCCAGAUGGGCGCUGGCCAGUUGUGUGACCCGGUUGCAGAUUCUGCAACUCUGAGGGUGGCCGAUCGACCCCAAAGCGUGCAAAGCUGGCGAAGCUCUCGGCGAUCUGGGCAGGAGAGCGACAAAGGGAGCCUCAAGAACACUGAGAUCUGGGAGGCACCCUACAGGGAAGCGCGAAACAGCGAUGCAGUGCUGCAGCUGAGGUCUGGGAUUCACAUGCCUCGGUUUGGCCUCGGCACGUGGCAAUCACAUCGCGGUGGGGAGUGCCAGAGGGCUGUAGCCGAAGCCUUGAGGGCCGGCUAUCGCUUGAUUGACACAGCACAGGUCUAUGGCAACGAGGCCGACGUUGGACAGGCCUUGCAGGAAGCGGAGGUCAAGAGGAACGAGGUCUUCGUCGUCACCAAGCUUAGCAGCCGAGAUCAUGGGGGCAGCCACCCCGCAGCUGCUUUGAAAGCAUCUCUCUCACGCUUGAAGCUGGACUACGUGGACCUCUUUCUGAUUCACAGCCCGAGGGGCGGCUUCUUGCUGGAGACCUGGGAUUCCUUGGUGGAGCUGCGCAACGCCGGCCUGGCGCGCGCCAUCGGCGUCUCCAACUUCGGAGCUGAGCAGCUGCGGUCCCUGCAGCAGGCAGGCCGAGAGCUCCCCGAGGUGAACCAGAUCGAGCUCCACUGCUUCUGGCAGCAGAAGGAGACCGAAAGGCUCUGUAGCGAUCUGGGCAUUGCCGUGAUGGCCUACUCCCCUUUGGCCCGCGGCAGCCUCUUUGGCUCCACUGGCCUGGCCCAGCUCGCUGAGCAGAGGGCAUGCUCGGAGGCCGCGCUGUGCAUCCGCUGGGCCUUUCAGAAGGGCUUCGUCGUCAUCCCCAAGUCCGUGAACCCGCAGCGGAUUCGGGCCAACAUCGCGGCGCUCGGUGGGCCUGGACUGACACCACGGGAGAUGCAGGCCAUCGAGCUCUUGGACCAGGGGUUCUGCUCCUGUCCGGCCGCCAAGGCCAUGCAAACACCCUGGGAAGAGUUGGCAACCGCGGCACCCGCACGCGGCAAGGGCAAAGGGAAGUCGGGAAAGUCCAAGGACAAGUCCGGCAAGUCCAAAGGUUCUGAACCUGUUUCCUGGGCUGAGGCUUUUAGUUAA